AUGUGUCGAGUCGUUCGGAAGCGUUCCGUCAUUGCGCAGGUGAACUUUAGAGAGUACGGUGAGGAUAUGGGUCGAACGAUCCGGGUGCUCGGCAGUGACGCUUGUUACGGUAUUGUGCGGAGUGGUUUCCGAGCAGCCGAGAACCUGGUUAAUGCCGGACGGUACGAUCGUCUGUCGCAGAUGUUCCGCACCUGUGUACCGCUGCAAGCCGACGAUCCGCUCACAAUAGAAACAUUCUUCUUUAGUCUCAAGAGUUCGUUCGAGGCGGAAAUGUUCGGUCAGGCCAGCCCAGACUCAGUAGGACGAAUGUGCGACGAGCUAGUGGCCGAUCCGUCCGACUCAGCACUGGAAGUGUUGGUGAACUUUUUCGAACGUCGCUACGGAUUCCUCGACUGUCUACCGUUCGACUUUGAGAGUAGCAUUGCAAACUCAAUGUACGAAGCGGUUGAUGCACCGAACAAUGCGGAACUCGGUAUUCGGCAACAUUUUUAUCAACUGUGCACUGAGUUCGGCUGGUUUCUGACAUCAUCUACGGGUGACAGUCCGUUUGGGACACGCAUCACCUAUCGGUACUUCAUCGAAACUUGCCGUGCAGUUUUUGGUGACUGGAUCGAUCAGGACGUCGUGUACGAAGGUGUCCGGAUAACGAACUUGCACUUCGGUGCGGACGAUCCGCGUGUCACGAAUGUGGUUUACGUGACCGCAGAGUUCGAUCCGACCCGGUUCGUCUCGAUUACAAACUACACCAAUCUGCAGGCGAACGCAUUCGUUGUCCAGGGUGCCCUGUCGUCGUUCGAUUGGAUGGCGGAGAGUGAAAACGACUCGGAAGAUUUGCAGCGAGUGCGACGCGAGAUCGUGAGAUACGUUCGUGGAUGGAUAGAGGGAGGUAUGAUUGGCACGAAGUAA